GAAGAUCCCUAUCCGAUCCUUCACCCCCAUACCAAAACAUCAACAAUUUUCUUGCCCUUAGGAAAAAGCUUAGAAUGAGUGAGCAGCUAAAUUAAACAAGGCUCGCUGCAUCCCCGGCCCCUUAUAUUAAUAUAAAGCACCUAUCUGUUCAUCCAUCUCCUCAUCCUCCUCACUUCGCGACCAAAGGCACCAGGCUCACCAUCAACACCACCGGCAAUGGCGAGCAUACAAGCCCCGGCGGCGGCCGAUAACGUGGACCCCAUCUACGAGUGGCUCGACGACGGUGCCAGCUACCUCCUCCGCCUCGACCUCCCAGGGUUCAAGAAGGAGGACUUUCGGGUGCACGUGGACGGCGAGGGCCGGCUCACCGUCAUCGGCCACCGCAAGCCCACGCCCGGCGGCGGCGACGGCAAGGCGCUGCGGCUCCACAAGACGUUCCAGCUGCCCAAUACGGCCAACCUUGACACCAUCACCGGCCGCUUCGACAGCAACGUGCUCACGCUCACCGUGCCCAAGCUGCCCGCCGUCGCCGGUGCUGCCGCCCCCGCACCGCAGGCCAUGGAGGAGGCGCGAGUCGCCGGCGAUAAGGCCGCUGAUCAGGAGGACAAGCAGGCGCAGGAAACGGGUGAGCGGGUGGCCAAGGCGGCGGAGGAGAGGACGACGAGCUUGACGGCCAGAAGCAAAGAGGCCGAAGACGUGAAGAAGGCCAAGCCCACGGCGGCGGCGGCGCCGCCGCAGCCGAGCGAGAAGUCGAGGGGAGAUCAUCAGGAUGAUGACAAGGCGAGGGCUGACCACAGGGAGAAGGUCUCCCGCGAGGCCACGCGCAGGAUCGAGGCAGCGCGGGCGAGGGUGGCUGAGGCCAAGGCCAAGGCGGAGCGGGAGAGGCAGUGCGAGCACUGGAAGGAGCGCGCCAUGGAGGAGGGGAUGAAGUUGGCGGAUGCGGUCAGCAAGAAGAAGGAGGUGAUCGCCACGGCCGUCGCCGCCUUCACGCUUGGCGUCUUCGUCUCCAGUAGGCUCUUCUCCAGGAAUUAAUCAACCUGUGUGCAUCAUCAUGCAUGGAUCAGACAUGUGUAUCAGAACAAGAGCAGGAUAAGAGAUGCAGUGUGCAUUUAGAAGUAACGACUCGUUGUAUAUAUAUACAUACAUAUAUAUAUUUACUCCCCAUGUUUCACAAUAUUUGUUGUCUUAGCCUUCGACACAAUAAUUAAGGAUGUCAAUGAAAUAUAAUGACCAUCCUACCCUUAUC